AUGCUGCCCAUGCUGCUGCUGCCCCUGCUGUGGGGGGGGUCCCUGCAGGACGACCAAGGGUUCCAGCUCCGAGUGCAGGAAUCAGUGACGGUGCAGGCGUGCCUGGGUGUCCACGUGCCCUUCUCCUUCUCCUACCCUCGGACUUCGUGGUACUUCUCUGGCGAACCCUUCAUCUAUUGGUUCCGGGAAGGGGACAACGUACACCACAGUGAUCCUGUGGCCACAGACAACCCAGGGAGACAAGUGAAGCCAGAGACCCAGGGCCGAUUCCGCCUCCUCCGGGACCCCAGGAAAAAGAACUGGUCCCUGAACAUCAGAGAUGCCAGGAUGAGCGACACAGGACUCUACUUCUUCAGAGUGGAGGGAGACGAUAUGAAAUACAGUUACAGAGAUAAGAAGCUGAAUUUGCAGGUGACAGCCCCAACAGAGAAACCUGACAUCCAUUUUCUGGAGGCUCUGAAGUCCGGCCGCCCCACAAACCUGACCUGCCACCUGUCACUAGUCUGUGAUGGGGGAAGAGUUUUCUCAUUCUCCUGGGCGGGGGAUGCCCUUGACGCCAUGGACCCAGAGACCCUCCACUCCUGGGUGCUGACCUUCACCCCGAGGCCCCAGGACCAUGGCACCAACCUCACCUGUCGUGUGGAACUCCAAGGAGAUCAAGUGACCAUGGAGAGAACCAUCCGGCUCAAUGUCUCCUAUGCUCCGUGGAACCUCAGCAUCAACCUCUGUUUCAGAAAUGUCACAGGCACUACCCUCAAGGCUCUGCAAAACAGGGCCUCGUCCCUUCUCAUCUCGGAGACCCAGGCUCUGCGGCUGCUCUGUGUUGCUGACAGCAACCCCCCUGCACGGCUGGGCUGGUUCCGGGCGUCCCCAGCCCUGAACGCCACCCGCAUCUCCAGCACCAAGAUCCUGGAGCUGCCAGGCUUAGGCGCUGCAGGAGGAGAAUUCACCUGCCGAGCUCAGAACCCUCUGGGCUCCCAGCAAGUUUCCGUCAGCCUUGCUGCGCAGGAUGACCCCUCUUGCUGCAGCUGUGUGACUGAGGCUCAGCAGGGCUCCUGGCCCCUGGUCCUCACCCUGAUCAGAGGGGCCCUCAUGGGGGCUGGCUUCCUCCUCACCUAUGGCCUCACCUGGAUCUACUACACCAGGUGUGGAGGCCACGAGGGAGCAGGGCUGAGCCUCCCUCCUUCUCAAGACGGGAUUCACGUGAGGAUGCGGAGCCCAGAAGACAGCCGUGGGGCCAUCGCGGUCAGCUUCUCCCUGGAAACGCUCGACUCAAACCCUCAUUUGUAA